AUGACUCGCGCCGGGCGCGACAAAUUUGCCCAGAAAUCCCUAGGAGGAUUGCAUCGUAAUAUCAAACAGGCCAAGUGCCUUAUGGUUGGCGCCGGAGGCAUAGGUUGCGAAUUGCUCAAGAACUUGGUGCUCACCGGCUUCGGUGAAAUCCAUAUCGUAGAUCUCGAUACCAUCGACUUGAGCAAUCUGAACCGACAGUUUCUGUUCGGAAGGCAACACAUCAAGAAGCCCAAGGCACUUGUCGCAAAGGAGACAGCAUCUAGAUUCAACCCUAAUACCAAACUCACAGCCCAUCAUGCCAAUAUCAAGGAUUCCAACUUCAAUGUUGCAUGGUUCAAAUCGUUCACAAUAGUGUUUAACGCAUUAGAUAACUUAGACGCUCGAAGGCACGUCAACAAGAUGUGCUUAGCGGCGGAUGUUCCCUUAAUCGAAAGCGGAACUACCGGUUUCAACGGCCAAGUUCAAGUCAUCUCAAAGGCCGUAACUGAAUGCUAUGACUGUACAACGAAGCCAAUCCCAAAAUCAUUCCCUGUAUGCACAAUCCGCUCUACACCAAGCCAACCAAUUCAUUGUAUUGUGUGGGCAAAAAGCUAUCUAUUUAAUGAGUUGUUUGGCGCAUCUGAGGAUGAAGUCCCGGAGUUUGACCAUAGUGAAGAUACCGAUAAUGCUCAAGAGAUUAAAAAUCUCCGACAGGAAGCGCAGGAACUCAAAAGGAUCAGAGAAACCCUAGGACAACCUGAAUUUGCGCAGAAUGUUUUCGAAAAGGUCUUUAAUAAAGAUAUUACCCGACUCCUGGAGAUGAAGGAUAUGUGGAAGAACCGGAAACCUCCUGCUCCACUUUCAUUCACAUCAUUGUCCCGAGGUAGUUUAAGCUCGUGUCCUAGUGACCAAAGAAUUUGGACACCGGAGGAAAACCUUUGGGUAUUCUGCGAUAGUUUAGAUCGUCUAAGUCUACGUAUCCUUGGGUUAAAAAGCAUGGGUGAAGAUCUACUAUUAUCAUUCGACAAAGAUGACGAGGACAAGUUAGAUUUUGUCGCUGCUAGUGCAAAUUUACGCUCUCAGGUUUUCGACAUUGGUUGCCAAUCUAAGUUUAAUAUCAAACAAAUGGCGGGUAACAUCAUCCCGGCUAUUGCGACGACAAAUGCGAUCACCGCAGGGAUUUGUGUGAUGCAAGCUUUCAAAGUUCUCAAGCAGAAAAUCAAAGAUGCCAGGAUGGUUUUCCUCUCUAUGUCGGGAGAUAGAGGCCUCAUUACAGAGCCGUUGCGCACUCCCAACCCUUCGUGCCAGAUUUGCGGUGUGGCGCGUCUGGAUUUUGAGUGCGAUACCAGUAAAAUUCAGCUGCAAGAGUUUAUCAAGGUCGUACUCCAAGAUGUUUUUGAAUACAGCCCCUCUAUAAGCAUACUACAUGAUAAACUCAUAUAUGACGAGGAGUAUGACGACAAUCUCGACGCUUCUUUCGAAAAUCUUGGAAUUACUGAUGGGUCGUUUUUGACUAUUUUGGAUGAAUCGGAUGAUGACCAGCCACGCAGGGUGAACUUGAUUGUCCAGAUUAAAACCCGGUCACCAAGCGAGCCCGAGAAGUCGUUUGUGAUACCCCACCGAAUCGAUAUUCCGAUGAAGCAGGCCCAGCCGCCCUCAUUGGAUUCACUGGUUCUGAGCGGCAAAGAUUUUGGCAGAAACAAUAGCCCCCAUGUUAGCAACGAGGUUGAACAGUCUCGGAAGCGCAAGGCAGAAGACACUCUCGACUCAAACCAGGAGCCCAGUAAAAAGGUGAAGGCAGAGGGAGAGAUCAUCAUCAUCGACGACGGCUACAUUGAAAUAGACUAA